UACAGGCGCCAGAACAAACAAUGCGCGACCGGUUAAAUUAUAACCCCACACUUGGUAACAGGUGCGCCAUGAAUUGCCCAAUAGUAUAGCAGUUAACAGUUAAACGACAGUACAGGGCAGUCACACGGUCUGCACUGCCAGGUUUCAACAGGCAAAUAUGCAGUGAAGUAACGAGGGAUCGUCAUUGUAAACAAGGAAACAAUUGAAGUUGAGGUUUCUCGUUUUUGGAAGUAUUAAUAAAAAAAAUGAAGAAGCCGGUCGCUACUUGUUGCGGUGGAUACACCAAGUACCACAUCGCUACGUUUUUCCUCACCUACGUUUCGUACUGUUUUUAUAAUGCCGCGCGGAAGACGUUCAGUAACGUCAAGACGUCUGUUCGUCUCAGCUGGGCACCUCCUGAUGAGAACGAAACCCUACCCGAAGGCUAUUCAGACCAUGUGAUUGCCGACAACAUCGACCCUUUUCUUGAGAAUGCGGAUGAAGCUGAGGUGUUCUUCGGCAUUCUUGAUACCGUCUUCCUGGUCUCUUAUGCAAUUGGUCUCUAUGUCAGCGGAAUGCUGGGAGAUAGGCUUGAUCUCAGGAAGGUUCUGGGUGGUGGGAUGUGCCUAUCUGCGUUUGCUAUUUUUAUGUUUGGCUCCUUGAGUGAAUGGAUAAGUCUUUACAACAAGGCAUACUACAUCGUCUUCUGGAUACUCAACGGCCUACUGCAGGGCACCGGCUGGCCAGCAUUAAUUGCUAUCAUGGGAAAUUGGUUCACGGAAUCCAGGGGCUUGGUGUUUGGUCUGUGGACAUCCUGUCAGUCAGUGGGCAACAUUCUGGGCUCCAUUCUUGCAGCGUUAGUGGUGAAUCAAGGCUAUGAGUUUGCCUUCCUGACCACAGCUAGUAUUCUGUUUGUUGGUGGUAUCAUUAUGCUUCUUUUCGUCGUUCCAUCACCCAGUGAAUUAAAUUUACCAGGUUCUUUUAUGGGCCUGGGAGAAACAGAUGAAACUGAAUUGAAGAAAGAUUUCUUAUCCACAGGUUCAGAUGCUACUGAUGAAGACGAUGAUGAUGAUGAUGUACGCAGCACCGCCAGCGUGCAGAGACCUCAAGCCAUUGGUUUCUGUCAUGCCCUGAUACUACCUGGGGUAGCAUUGUUUGCACUUUGCUACGCCUGUCUGAAGCUGGUCAACUACGCCUUUUUCUUCUGGCUCCCUUACUACCUGAGUAACACCUUCCUAUGGACGGAAGUAGUGUCGGACCAGAUGUCCAUGUUCUACGAUAUUGGGGGAAUCAUUGGAGGUGUGUUUGGCGGUUUGAUAUCUGAUCGUAUAGGUGUACGCUCGCCAGUUGUUGUAGGGAUGCUGGUCUUUUCCUACGGUAUUCUAUUUGGAUACAGCUUUUGUCCUAACAGUUACAUUCUAAACGCUGUCCUGCUAACGUUGGUUGGCAUAUUCGUGAACGGCGUAGCCCACGUGAUCAGCUCUGUGGUAGCAGCUGAUCUGGGCCAGCAGGACGCCAUUAGGGGUUGCCGGGAGGCCCUCGCCACGGUAACGGGAAUCAUCGACGGGACAGGAACAAUGGGGGCUGCUGUAGGCCAGAUCAUCGUACCAGUUCUACAAAUGAACUACGGUUGGCCCUCUGUGUUCUACUUCUUGGCAAUUAUUUCGAUAAUUGGAACUUUUUUCAUCUUGCCAGUAUUUGUGAAGGAGCUAAAGAAAUUGCACAAUCGGUCAAAGUACCAUGAAAAGUAGGACUUGGUCUGUAAAAGCACCCAGAAUCUGAACAGUACUCUGCAGCAUAAGGUUUAAAGAUAUAUCGGAAUUAUUUAUUCAAUUUAAUAAUUUAGAUUUUCAGUGAUGCAGUGGGAAAAAUGAAUUCACUGAUGCAUGUGUACAGCAAUAGAAUAUUAGUUAUUAUGUGUAAGUAAUUUUUUUAUGUUUCAUUUACUCAAAUGUUCCUUUUUCCCCUUGUCUUCAACUUUUUCUACAGUCUUCUGUUGUUUGCUCGUACUUUGGUUUAUUUCUUGUUUUUAAUUUUGUAAAUGUCCGUUGCUUGGAUCGAUGCAUGUGUUUACUUCAGUGUAUCACUUUGAACCCUGUUUGUUUGUUUGUUGUUUGUUAGGUUGCUUGUUUGUUUGUUAUUUUUUUGCAACAAAGCCAAAGCAAUAGUGCCAUUAAUUGGACAUGAAAAGUAGAAUAUAUUAAUUCUUAAGUUGUAUGUAUUACAUGUUGUAUUGCAAAGAUAUGUUAAUUAUUUUGUUUUAUACAUGUAGUUGGGGGCCGUAUCAUAAGUCCGACGCCUCAUAGGUCCAACGUCUCAUAAGUCCGAAAUUUUUGACUUAUGAGGCGUCGGACUUAUGAGGCAUAAAUUCUCAUAGAUCCAAUGACUCAAAAGUCCGACGACUCAUAAGUCCGACAAUGGACAAACGCUGUUUCGGACUUAUGAGGCA